GAGAGGGGGGGGGAGUCCCCAGAAAAAAUGAUUCCUGAUGAAGCCAAAUUUGCUGCCGGAAUUAUCUGUGCUGUAUUCUCUGUACUUGGAACAGUUUUAAACUCAGUAUCAAUGGUUAUCUUACUUAGAGAUCCCAAGCUCCGAUCCCACCCUACAACAAUCCUUGUAAUAUCUCUCUCCUGCUCAGAUCUUGUUUACAGCUCCUUUAUCCUACCUCUUCUUGCAGUACACUACCUAGAUUGCUGGUUUUGCUUCCCCGGUUCAACAUUGUGUUUUAUUAUGCCAUUCGCUUUCUUCUGGAACCAUGGAAAUCUUUUAAACAUCCAGGCAGCUUUGGCAGUAAAUAGAUGGGCUGCUGUAUGCACAAAUUUCAGAAUAACAUACAGAACAAGUUUGUACAGUAUUAUACUGUGCUGUGUACUGAGUACAAUGAUAAUAUUAGUUCCAAGUACAGGACUAUGGGGCAAACUAGGAUUUGAUAUUGUUUCAGAAACUUGCAGAAUAUGGUUCUCGCCAGAUGAACUGAAUCCAAAUUCGGUUUUGAUGCCGAUUGGUCUUGGGAUUCCUUACACUAUUAUAUUUGUCUGCUAUUCUAUAAUUCUGAAAACAAUCAGGAAAACAAAUCGAACAAUAGAGCUGCAAGGAAGCUGUAACCUGCCUUUUCGACCAAGUCUUACACCAGUUUCAGAAUGUGAUUUUUCAAUGGGUCAGCCUGGUCCCAAAUUCCGUCCAAAAACACUGAGACUGCCGGAAAAUAAUUUGGCCGUUUCAAUGGUUAUUUCGUCCGAGAUGCAGCAGGAAUAUGAGUUUCUUCACUCUCCGAACAAUAGUUCCCCUGACAAUCAGCAGGAAAUGGUGUGUCUUCUAACUCCAAACAAAUCCUCCCCUGAUAAACAUGAAAAAAUUAAGGUUUACAACAAUAUGACUUCUGAAAAAUGGCAGAAUCAGACUCAUCUUGAAACUCUGAACAAUAUUUCCCCUGACAUUAAAGGUAAACAUGGCUUCCUUAGAAUUCCAAGCAAUAUAUCCUCGGAGUUACGGAAGGAAUUUCUUCCAACUCCAAACAAAGUUUCUACUGAACUUCAGCAAGAAAUGGUAAAUCUUCAGACUUCGAAAAUAGGUUCCCCUGACAUUCAGAAGAAACAAUCUUACCUUAGAAUUCCAAGCAAUAGUUCUUAUGAGCUGCAGAAGGAAAACGGAUGUUUGCUAACUCCUAACAAAGUUUCCCCUGACUUUCAGCAAGAAAUGGUAAAUCUUCAGACUUCUAAAACAUGGUCCCCUGUCAUCCAGAAGAAACUUACUUCUCUUCAGAUUCCAACCGUGUUCUCCCCUGAAAUACCAGAGGGGAAAUCCAACAAAGUUUCUGAUAAACUUUAUAAAGAAAAGACAUCGAUUGUGAUUCCGAAAAAAAUGCCACCGAAAGUUCAGAAAGGAAUCAUUUCCAUGAAAUGCUUCAAUUUUAAUGAAAAAAUUAGUAGAUCAGGUUCGAAUUCGCGAGAAUCCACUCAUUUUUUCCACUCUUCAAAGUCGCUGAAGAAGAUUUUAGAAGAAGAAACAAAUUCAAGUAAUGGCGAGGAGGCAGUGAAUAGAACGUUAGGAAGUAUUCUACAAAAUGAACGAAUAAAUUUAAAAUCGGAAAAGCUCUCAGCAAGACAAGAAAAUUGUUCUUUAGAGACUUCUUUUACUUCAACUCGAUGCAUACCAGAUAUAAGAAUAUCAUAUGUGGAGAAUAUGGAGAGAAAAUACACACUUAGGAGACAAAAGCGAAAUAGACAGGAGUUAAAUUUGACAUUUACCGUUGGGAUUAUACUAAUUACAAAUCUAGCGUUUAAUUUACCAGCAGUUGUAAUCAGGAGCAUUGACCCUUUAGUUACUCUCUACCCUGAGGCUCAUAUACCCGUCUAUGUAACUGCAUGGUUUUCAGCUCUAAUCAAUCCAUUGCUGUAUGUGGUGUGUAACUCAUCGUAUAGAGCAGCAUUCAAAAGAAGAUUUCAUAUAAAACCUAAAUAAAGUUCUUAAAAAAAUCUUUUUUUAGAAAAGAAAUAAUUUUGUUCUGGUUCUGCAUAUAUGUAUGAAUUAAUAAGUAUGCAUUUUCAUUAUUAUGUCAAGAUAUGUUUCUUUUUAUCAUACAACAAAAAAUAUAUUGUAAA